AUGGCGGCAGCGCAACGGCGGCGGAGGGCUUCGAGGGGGCGGCCCAGACAGCGUCCGAGGGUGCCGGGCUUGCGAGUUGUACGCUGGCGCAGGGCAGCCCCGUGGCGGCGGGCACUGUGGAUUCUGGCCCUGGGAACCUCGCUGGGUCUACUCCUGGCGUGGUCGUCUAAUCGGCUUCUGCAUUGGCUGGCUUUCCCGUCUCACACGACGGUGCGCACCGAGUGGAGCCGUCAGCUGGCCUUCCCUGCAGUCACGUUGUGUAACAAUAAUCCGCUCUGUUUCCUGCGCCUCUCCAAAGGCGACCUGUACUACGCGGGCAACUGGCUCGGCCUUCUUCUGCCCAACCGGACGGCGCGGCCGCUCCUUGCUGAGCUCCUGCGCGCCGAGCCGGAGCGCCUGCGUUGGUUCGCCAAGUUGGCCGACUUCCGGCUCUUCUUGCCACCGCGCCACUUCGGUGGCAUCAGCGAAGAGUUCGUCGAUCGCCUCGGCCACCGCCUCGACGACAUGCUCCUCUCCUGCAAGUUCCGAGGCGAAAUGUGCGGCCCACACAACUUCUCUACCGUGUUUACGAAAUAUGGGAAAUGCUACAUGUUUAACUCAGGAGAAGAGGGGCAUCCACUGUUGACCACAUUCAAGGGUGGGACAGGCAAUGGAUUGGAGAUAAUGCUGGACAUUCAGCAAGAUGAGUACUUGCCAAUAUGGGGAGAAACAGACGAAACAACCUUUGAAGCAGGAGUCAAAGUCCAGAUCCACAGUCAGUCUGAGCCGCCAUUUGUUCAAGAACUUGGGUUUGGUGUAGCACCUGGUUUCCAAACUUUUGUUGCCAUGCAAGAACAAAGGCUGACAUACCUUCCACCUCCAUGGGGUGAGUGCCAUUCAUCAGAUUUUGGCCUGGAGUUUUUCCCCAUCUAUAGCAUCACUGCAUGUAGGAUCAGUUGUGAGACCCGCUACGUGGUAGAGAAUUGCAAUUGCAAAAUGGUUCACAUGCCAGGGGAUGCUCCAUUUUGUACACCGGAGCAGUAUAAGGAGUGUGCAGAGCCUGCACUAGUGCUUCUCGGUGAAAAGGGAAAUGAUUAUUGUGAGUGCCAAACCCCAUGCAAUUUGACCCGUUACAACAAGGAACUGUCCAUGGUUAAGAUCCCCAGCAAGACCUCGGCUAAAUACCUUGAGAAGAAGUUUAACAAGUCAGAGAAAUAUAUCUCGGAGAAUAUACUUGUACUGGAUAUAUUCUUCGAAGCUCUUAACUAUGAGACCAUUGAGCAGAGGAAAGCAUAUGAAGUGGCAGCGUUACUUGGUGAUAUUGGGGGUCAGAUGGGUCUUUUUAUUGGUGCUAGUAUCCUCACUAUUUUGGAAGUAUUUGACUAUAUUUAUGAGCUGAUCAAAGAGAAACUGUUUGAUCUUCUUGGCCCAGAGGAAGAAGACGGGAGCCAUGAUGAGAAUGUGAGCAGGUGUGAGCCCUUGUCAAACCAUUCUGCUCCCACAAGCCACACUGUGACAGUCCCACUGCAGACAACACUUGGCACGUUGGAAGAAAUUGUGUGCUGACAAUGCUUCCUCAGCACUAUGGAUGGCAGAAACUACAAAAGCCAGGGAAUCCUACUCAGGCUCACUAACAGGGUGGGGGAACCACUGAGGAAUUCACUAUGCAUCCAAUUGUUCUCUUUCUCUCUUCUUGCCAAAAUCAGUGAAAGAUUUCAUGGACUCAGUUGUAUCAGCCUGUCCUACCAGGAUGAGUGGAGGAGGUAUAGGAAGGAGCAAGAUUUAUUUCCACCAGCAGACAACACAUCUCAGUUUCUGAACUGGAGAAGUAUGAUGACCAAGGAAUCAUUCUUUCAUAGACAGCCUACAAGUUAUACAAAAGAAGUCUGCAUGCCAGUCCUUUUGAUGGCAGUCUCUCUUUUUCCUUACAAGCCAUGUCUCCAUCCAACAACUGCUCCCUUUUUCUUUUUUCUUUUGCCACAACGAAAGUGGAGGUUAUGGCACAGACUUUCCUGCUCAAGAGUUUACCAUUAUUUAACAACAUCACUGCUGAAUUAGAAACAAGCAAUGGUCCAUUUCUGAGGGUCACCAUUCUUUUUUGUUGUAUGCUAAAUGUGACAGGGUCCCAAAAGUUCUGGUCAAAUCAUUGGGUGAGCCAGAUCUUUGAUGACCAAGGUGAGCAUGCUCAAAUAGAAUGACUCACCUUACCUACCAUUAUAGACCACUUCUUAAAUGCAGGCACCCACGAACGCAACAGCCCCAUUGACACUAGUUAGCCAUACAGCUACUGUCUUGUCUAGAUUGGCGUGUAAUGCAACAUAUGUGUUUCCCAGGAUUGGGGGAUGUGGGGUCCAGUUACCUUUCUGACUUGCCCUGCUUCCUCAUUCUUAACAGCACUAUUAAAGGUGAUCUUGUGG